UGAUUCUCGACCAAGCAGAUAUGGAUACUGAUCUUGAAAUGGCUCGCCAUGUUCUCCAUGUCCACCAGAUGAAGGAAUCUCCAGACCUCGGGUUUACUCAACUCGAACCUUCUGUUCUUAGGGCGUAUAUUUCUGCUGCAAGAAAACUGUCUCCUGUUGUUCCAAGGGAGUUGGAGGAAUACAUAGCAAGUGCGUAUUCUAGUAUACGGCAGGAAGAGGCGAAAUCAAAUGCCCCUCACUCUUACACAACAGUCAGAACCCUACUUAGCAUUCUUAGGAUAUCUGCUGUAAGUGCUUAUAUUAAUUAAUAUCCUAUUGACUAUUAUUCUUCUUUGAUGGAGAAGCAAUUGAUUACUAAUCGAUAUUAAUCUUUUUCAGGCUUUGGCAAGACUCAGAUUCUCCCACAGAAGACUUGGGGGUGU